AUAUAUUCGUGGUCUGUGAUAUACUCUUUGGCCUGAGCGAUAGCCGGCACGUAGCUGGAGCCUUUGCCGGUUUUAUUUCUAAGAAAUCAAAGAAAUCUAAUUCAUACUUGUCAUACUAUUUAAUGGAAACGUGAAUUAAAUACGAUGAUUAAUAAUUAUUUACAAAAGACUAAAAAUUAAGCUUGUUUACGCGGCGCGGCACGGACUCGUUGCCCUCCAAAAUGUCGGGGAAACCAUAUACUAUGAAGGAGAUGAAAGCUAUAGUGGACUACUUGACUGAACACAGAGCAUACAGUGAAACUAAAGGAAGAAAGAUGUGGAUGGACUUAGCCAGUUCUAAAGUUACAAACAGAACAUGGCAGAGUUUAAAGGAGACAUUUUUAAAACGCAUAAGGCCGGAUAUCCACAAUCCCUAUUACAAGUUGACUAAAACCCAGAUAUAUAGUUUCCAACAAGGACAAGACAUAGAGAAGAAACUAAACAACAGACUGCAAAUACGUUCAACUAGUAAAGAUUCUUCAGAUGAUUUCAAAGAAAAAGAUACAGAGACUGCUGGGAAUAGUAAUGACAAAAAUGAAGAUAACAUUGCAGGUGAGGACCCUAAACUGUCAAAUAUCAGAGCAUCCACAGAAACACUUGUCCUAGAAAACUGUUAUGAAACUGCUGAAGAAAUAAGAAAAGACCUACAAUCACCAGCUGGAGUUGAAGCACCGCAACCAAAGAAAUCCAUGAGGGAUCUCCUAACCUUUUCAGAACCCCUGCCAUCCAUGUUGCAGAGUGUUAUUGAUGAUUUUGUGUCAGAAGACGAAGAGGAACCUAAAAUGCAAAUAGUUGAAGCAGAACAUGAAGAGACAAUUGACAGAAACGCAGCUGACGAAAAAGAAGUAGAAAAAAACGUUACAAUCGAGAUUUCUGAUUCAGAUGGCAAUGACUUACGAGAGGAGACGAAACAAACUAAAACUACUGAUGUUGAUCUACCAUCAUCAUCUGAUAAAAAUGAACAUGCAAUAACAACAUCCAAAACUAAAGAAGCAGAAAUUACAAAUGAAAAAUUGCAUACUUUAUCAAAUGAAACUAAAAAUAUAACAAAUGAAAAAAGUAGCUCCUGGCUGAAAAAUGCUGAAGGCGAUAACACUAAAAGGUCAUCUGAUAUAACCCAGAAUAAUUCCAGCAUUCCAGAUACUCUUUUACCUGGAAAUCAGGAAGCCUUUGAAGAAAAACAGAAAAAAGUACCAGAAAAGCGUAAUCUGCGUUCAAACAAAAAUGCAAAUCUAGAAAAUGUUCGAAAAAGAGCUAGUUCUUACGAAUUUGAAACAAAAACUAAAAAAAGAAUCUUGUCUAAACUGAAAUCUAUAUCUGAUUCCGAAAGAUCUGUCCCAAGUAAUGGAAAUGUUUUUGAGAAGUCUAAGUUUUCUACUCUUAUACAAACUCUACCAGAAAAAUGUGAUAAAACCUCUUCAAAUGUAAAUAAUGAAAAAUGUGAAAAUACUUAUGUACCAGAAGAAACUGUUAAGAACUUACAAGAUACUGUUAUGAAAAGUUCUCCUGAAAUCGAAAAUCCCUGUUUGAAGAAUGUAAGCUUAUAUGCUGAACAAUUUACAACAGAGAAAUACAUUGAUUCUGAUACAAGCAAUAAUGAAGAUGACAAAACUGAAGAGAUAGGGAGAAAUGAGACACAUGAGAAUAUAGAAAACAAAAAUAAGAAAGAAAAUGAGAACAUAAAUGACAAGGAGAGCGAAAAUAAAAUUGACAAGACAGGUUAUGAAAAUAAGAAGGGAGAUGACGCAAAUGACAAAAAUAGUGAUAAAAUUGGUGACACAGUUGGUAAAAAUAAGAAGAUCGUCGAUAAAAAUAAAAGAUUGGAAGACAAAAAUAAGAAAAGAAUUGAAAGCAAUAAGAAAGCAGAUGAUAAAAUUGAAAACACGGGUUUCAAAUCUAAGAAGAUAAUCGUUAUUACUGAGCAGGCAAACGAUAAUAUUACUAACAUAGAAAAUAACAACAAGGAAAAAAUUGAUAAGAAUAAGACACAUGAUAAAAAUGAUAAACCAAGUUCUAAAGCUGGUCAAACAUUAGUUAAGGAUAAUGACAAUAUGGAAGAUGAUGUUGUUAUCUUAAGAUCGCAUUCCGAAUCUGUCACCGAGAGUGGCAAUGAAGUGAAAAGAGAUCAGGACCGAUUGGUUAGGCAACAAAGAGACAGAACACUAGCUAAUAUGUUUGGAUUUGCAAGCGGUGGAACAAGUCGAAGGCAGAGAAGAGGUACAGAGCGUCGCAAACGUACCAUAUCACACUCGCAUAAGCACAAUUAUGGCAAUGGGACCUCCGCAUCGAGCGACUGGACGUCGGACUCGGGGUCUGAGUAUGUGUCGUCGCCACCGCGCCAGUUCGGCAGAAAGGGACGGCACACUAGGAAAUACUUGAAGCCUAAAUCAGCUCCAAUAUUAUCACUUGAAGAGGAAGGUGGUCUGUUUGUGGUGUAUAAUAAUAGAAUAUACCCUGUGGUUAAGGAUGGGAAAAAUGUUAAAAACUAUGUCUGUCUUGCGCCCGAAGACGACUUUGAUCAAGAAGAGUCCUUUUGGAAGCUGAAAUAUGUAGAGGAAAAGAAAAAAUGUGCUGAAUUGACGAAGUUGAUAAACCAGAUGAAGGCAAAAGAGCAGCAAGGAGAGCAUAGUCGAGUUCCGCCAGUGCAGCCAACAUCAGCGCAGAGCAGUAAUGCACUUGCAGUGCAAGAGUCAGCACUACAACCUGAAUUAACAAAAAAUGUUCCAGAAACUUCACUGAUGCUAAAAGUUCAACCUCAUCCAGAUACAGAGGAGAAGACUGUUAAAUUUAAAUUUACUAAAAAUAAUGAGGAGGUGCAACUAGAAGGCCACUGGCGCCAACUCAGCACGCUCCUGGCGCACGUGCCUCAACUGUUUCAAAAGGAAACAGAUCCUGUAAUGGCUAGCAGUGUGAGCUCCAAAACUGGCUCAGUGGCGCCCGAGCCUAUAAUGGAAAGUGACAGAUCUACUCCUAGUGAAGAAGUGGUAGAAAAAGUGAACCAGAGAGAGAGAGAAAUUGCGCAAGAAAUCGAGCGGUAUCACAAAGAAGAAGCGGCUGAUAUCGAAAAACCUCCACAGAUACAGAAUAUUACUAAACGCAAAGGCAGACCGAGAAAAACUUCUCCAGCCGUGCCUCCCAGCCCAGCAAAAAUCGCUAAACUCGAUGUUACUGAGCAAGGAAACACCACAGAAAAGACAUCAGUUGGGGAAAAUAUUUCUACAAUCACUACCCGCACAAAAAGAACGCCGAGAAAGUUGAUUUCAGAAACAGUUGAAGUGAACCAAAAUACAAUAAUAAGUACAAGGAGGACCACGCCGAGGAAAUCCCUCGAAAAGAUAGCGAACCCUGAAGAUCCGGAUGCCGAUAUCCGAUACAAAUUCCCCACCCAGCCGCCCACCACCCGCAAAUCAUAUACUAAGUCAAAAAAAAACGCAGCGCCAAAAAAUCCAGGACAAAGCAAUACUAAAAGCACUACGAAGCUGUUGUCGCCACCUGUGGAUAGUUCGCAGGGAUACCAAGACUCCGACAUUAGUCCCUGCAUAUCUAAAAGAAGAAGGAAAACAACCUUGUCAUUUGCGACCCAUAGAAAGCGUUAUACAAAGCGUUCUCGUCAAAGAAACGACAGUAUGAUGACCAGUGAUUCCAGCAACUCAUUCCAGAGCUCUCGUAUAAAAACAAUGACUUUCCAGAAUUCAACCUUAACGUCUGAGAUAUACAAAUCGGAAUCUUAUAGAUUGCUAAUGAAUAAAAAUUCUAAACCUGCUAGAAAUACCUCAAAAUUGAGCAAAAUUUUAGAGGCUAGUCCUGCUCCACGAGAUUUUGACGUAAAUAUGGAGGCUUGCGAUGAAAUUGCUAUAAAUGGCAACAGUGAUUUAAAUGAUAAAUCAAAAUGUCUUCAAAUUAACACUGAUGAUAAUUCGAGCAACAUGUCUCUUCCCACAUCUCCAGUUUUGUCUAUAGUUGAAAACAUAUCAAUCAGUAAGGAGUUUUUAAGUGGUAUGGAUGUAGAUCUUAGUGAUGAAAAACAAGAGGAUGAGAACGGUGAACAAAUAACGUUGAACCAUCUAAUGACACCAGAUGCUGGCAUAGCCAUGCCUUUAUUGAACCAGGAGUGUGGCCUUGAGAAAAGUCGGCAGGAGGGACAAGCAUACCAUUACAACAUGAGCAUUUCCAAAACUAAUGCUGCAAUAUCUGAGUCAUUACUGAAUAAAAUAAAUACAGUUAACCUACGAGAUCCAUCUCUCUCUGAAACAUUAAAUGUUAAACUCAAAGAUUUACUUUUGGAAAGCGCUAAGAAAAGACAUAAUGUUAAUGAUGGCACAAAAGAUGCAGAAGUUAAUGAUAAACCUGGCCAUAAGAAGAAUAACUCUAAGAAACGCAGUUCCACGCCUCGUAAACGUCAAAGUAAACGCAAACAAACACUAACGAAUUCCGAGCCUCGAAUUAUUGAAGAACAUGUAGAAUCUUGCUCCCGUGUUGGCCGACAGUCCUGUCCACCUGUUAUAAUGAUUUCUGAACACGACGAUGGUGAAAUAGUCACACCCACCGAAACAGAAUCCGAUCAAACUCUUACGUUAAAACCUACAAAAGGAAGGAAAAAGAAGGACAUAAUCAAAAUAAAAAUUACCAAACCAAAGCCUCAGAGCCAAAAAAGACAAAAUAACGAGACUAAUUUCUCCGAUAGCGGCAUCAAAGACACAUCCUCUGAAAUGCAAUUAUUACAGGCAUCAGAUGAUAGUGUGGAUCUCAUUCACAAUCAUUCUGAUACAUGUCUUACCGCACAUGAAUGUAUGAGAGACAGUCUUAUAGUGUUAGACGAUUCAGCUGAUUCAAAUAAUGCGCUGGACUCAAAUACUACGAGUACGUCGGAUAGAGUUGCAAGUCAUCGCACUGUAGGAAACAUAUCCGAUUAUCAGGAGUUAUUCAGCAGUGAUGCUCAAGAUGGCACUGAUGUAGUAAGAGAAUAUGAUUUUGUGGAACCUAGACAGGUAAACAGUGCGGCAACCACACCCUAUCUUACGCCUAUCGGAACCCAGUCUACGCCCAACAGUAUUAUGACAGAUGACUUAUCUGACGAAAUCCCUGAAGAACCAAUCCGUAAUACAGGGUGGUAUCUUUUAACUGAAGACGAAGCUUCCAAUACCAAUUAUUUUUUUAAUAUAAAUAAGAAUUCGGAAGCGACUAGCUAUGGCGCUAAAUUGGAGCAACUCUUCCCGGUGACGUGCGCUGUGCCAGACCUAUCCACUAUUACAGAGAUGUCUAGAGAAAAUGCAGAUAGCAAAAAAUUUUCUGACGAUACUAGUACUAGAGACGGUCUUAAUUCACCAAAUAUAUUUAAAUAAUUAAGUAUAAGAUGCAUAAUUAACUAAAUAUGUUUGGCAAAUACGAUGUUCUUUUCUUGAAUAUAUACAAAAAGAUUUUUUUACUGUAACAUUUUCAAUGAAAAAUAUAAGUAUUUAGUUAUCUAGGGUUAAUAAUCUUCAUAAAUUAUAAAAAUUAUUGUUUGUCCGUUCGUUAAUUAUUUUUUACUUAUUUUUUUGUACUUAUUAUUAUAGUUUGCGAAUAAUUGUUCAUACUAUUGAAUUUAAACAUUGUACAGUUGUGGUUGGCACAUGCGUGAAGGUUUCUGACAUAACUGCUGGCGCGCGAGUCGCAUUGUAACGCAUGCUGGUCAUAAAUUGUAGUAUUAUAUUUUGAUAAAUAAAAUUAAUCAUUAUUCAUUACUAUUAUAAUGGAGAAGUUGUUAUCAUAUCUACGAGCGCAACUUUAAAAUUCCAAAAAUUCCAAAACUUUUUAUUUCUUAUUUUAAUAAAUUCAAAUAAAUUA